AUGGCGACCGCAGACCCAUUCGACUCGGCGCUCGACCUCCUCCGACGGCUCAACCCCAAACAGACGGCGGAGCACCUGACCAACAUCAUCUCGCUGGCGCCCGACCUGACGGAGGACCUGCUGUCGUCGGUGGACCAGCCGCUGACGGUGCGGCGGUGCAAGCAGACGGGGCGGGACUACCUGCUGUGCGACUACAACCGCGACGGCGACAGCUACCGCUCGCCGUGGAGCAACCAGUUCGACCCGCCGCUGGACGAGGCCGGCGCCGGCGGCGUGGGCCCCGGGGGCAGCAACGAGGGCGCCGGCGAGGGCGCCGUCCCCGGCGAGCGCGUCCGCAAGAUGGAGGUCAAGGCCAACGAGGCCUUUGACGUCUACCGCGACCUGUACUACGAGGGCGGGGUGAGCUCGGUGUAUCUGUGGAAUUUGGAUGACGGGUUCGCUGGGGUGGUGCUGUUGAAGAAGGCCUCCCCCCAAAACGACGGCGCCUCAUCCGGCGUGUGGGACUCGAUCCACGUGUUCGAAGCGAGCGAGCGCGGGCGUACCUCCAACUACCGGCUGACGUCGACGGUGAUCCUGACGCUGGCGACCAAGGGCGCGGCGCUGGGCGAGGUGGACUUGAGCGGCAACAUGACGCGACAGGUCGAGCAGGACCUGCCGGUGGAGAACGACGAGAGCCACAUCGCCAACAUCGGCCGGCUGGUCGAGGACAUGGAGCUCAAGAUGCGCAACCUGCUACAGGAGGUCUACUUCGGCAAGGCCAAGGACGUGGUCGGCGACCUGCGCAGCAUCGGGAGCCUGAGCGAUGGCCAGCGCGAUCGCGAGGCGCAGCGGGAGCUGAUUGGGAGUAUGCGGAGAUGA